AUGGCGCCUGAGAUAAUCAAAGGCGUUAAAUAUAACCAAUCGGUGGACUUUUGGUCGUUUGGCAUAUUGUUGUACGAAAUGGUUUGCGGUUCGUCUCCUUUCCACGGGACUGAUGAGGAAGAGCUGCUUUGGAAUUUGCUAAACAAAAAUGCUGAGCAACGGUUGGGAAUGCCUAUGUGUACGGCCGGACCCAUACGGACACAACCAUUCUUUAAAAGUGUUGAGUGGCAUAAAGUAGAGAAAUGUCAAAUAAAGCCACCCUUCGUACCCGAACUCUGCUCAUCUUUUGAUGUCUCAUAUUUUGACGUGUAUUUCACUAAAGAAGAGCCAAAGUUGACACCAGUUUGCGAAAAAAUUACUCUUUCAAUCGAUCAAACAUUGUUUGAUGGCUUCAGUUAUACCAACCAUAAUAUGACCGAUUGA